AUGCUAGGGGCCGGAACGGCCGACGCAGCGGAGCUGCAACGUGCAGGUGUGGGGGCGGCGUACCGGGAUGGUGGCGCGGCAGGCCAGCGGCACGGAGCCCGGGGCGGCUGGCGGCUGGCGAAGCAGAGCACGCAGCGGCGCGCGGCCCCUGCUACUAGUGCGGUGCGCUGGGCCAUCGGUGCGGCGGCCGGCGCAGCAGAGCAGCGGCGCGACGUGGGGGCGCAAGGCACCUGCUACCACUACCAGUGCGGUGCGCCGGGCCGGCGGCGCGACAGGCCAGCAGCGCGGGGUCGCGCGGCCUCGGCGCAGCAGACCAGCGGCACGCGGCCCUGGCUGGGACUGGGAGGCGGAGCCGGCCCUCGCUGCGGCGGGCAGGCGGCGUGGGGCAGUACGAAGCUGUAG